UCUGGAUCUUACAAGACCUGCUCUAGAUAAAAACACCUCGGACUAAACCUAUUGCAACCUAACAUCCUAAUCGAAAAUGUCGCCCAUCAACUCUUCCCGAGGAUACGCCAUCCACGACCAGAAGGACUACAAGAACUUCAAAUUGACCGACUAUGAGCUCAAGAGGGAACAGGCGGACGAUGUGACCGUCCACGUCGAGUGUUGUGGGACUUGCGGGUCGGACCAUCAUACCAUCAGCGGUGGAUGGGGUCCUUUCGUAGCCCCCUUCUGUGUGACCGGGCACGAGAUCGUAGGAGAAGUCGUCCAGGUCGGUUCCAACGUCAAGAACCUGCAAGUCGGCCAACGAGUCGGGAUCGGCGCACAGAGCUCGAGUUGCAUGGAAUGCAAGUACUGCAAGAACGAUAACGAAAACUACUGCCCCGUAGCUUGGACCGAUACUUACCAAGGAAAGUACCCGAACGGCGACUUUUCUCAGGGAGGUUACUCGACCCACGUGAGGGCGCAUCAACAGUUCGUCUUUCCUCUCCCCGAGGGGUUGAGGAGCGUGGAUGCCGCUUCGAUGCUCUGCGCCGGAGUGACGUCGUACAGCCCGUUGAACAGGCACAACAUCGGCAAGGGGAGCAAGGUCGGCGUCGUCGGUCUCGGUGGUCUGGGUCACUACGCCGUCCUCUUCGCCAAAGCUCUCGGGGCCGAGGUCGUCGUCUUUUCCCACUCGGAGCGUAAGAAGGAGGACGCGCUCAAGAUGGGCGCCGACGAGUUUGUCAUUACCAACAAGGGGUUCGAGGAAAAGUACAAAAUGUCCCUGGACAUCAUCGUCUGCACCUCGUCCUCUUCCUCGUUGCCCUUGAACGAGUUCAUCACCACCCUGGACGUCGGCAAACACUUUGUCUUUGUCGGUAUGCCCGAGGACGAAUGGCCUUCCCUCACCUCGCAGGCCAUGGCCCCGAACGGAGCUUUCGUCGGGUCGAGCCAUAUCGGGUGUAGGACCGAGAUCCUCAAGAUGCUCGACCUGGCCGUGGAGAAGAACGUCAAGCCGUGGAUCACGACGAGGCCGAUGAAGGAGGCCGCUCAGUCGAUCGAGGAUGUCGAGACGGGCAAGGCGAGGUACAGGACGAUCUUGUUGCAGGAUAUCGAUCGGGAGGUUCAGGCUUGAGGGGUGUGAGGGUUGCACGCGGAAAGGCUAGAAGUCUAUGGCAUCUCUGUAGAAUCAUAUCAAUUGCAUUUCGACCUG